AUGCAGCAAGGAUCCAAGCAUCGUGGAAACAGAGCAGUUCUGCUUCCUGUCGACGCACAGGGCCACACUGGUGCUCCUGAGAUUCGCACUACUGCCGACGACAUUGCACGACUGGAUCCAACCAAGUGCAACAUUUUCACUUUAUGGGAGAAGCCGAGCUCGCUCUCAGAGCAGCCCUUAUUUCAGCGAUUAGUCAUCGAAGCAUGGCGCCGGCACUCCCAUGAUCUGUGCAACGACCAGUUCCUCAUCACCGAUGACAAUGUGCGGCAAGUCAUUCCAGACAUCCCCGAGGAGUACUUCAAGUUGCCAUACCCUGCCGCGAAGUCGGACUUCAUUCGAUAUGCAGUUCUCUACCACAACGGCGGCAUUUAUGUUGAUUUCGACAUGCUUACCGUGAAAGACAUCGACGAAAUUGUGGAGAAAAUUCAGCGACUGGACUUGGUGUCUUACAGCGACGGCUACGGUCCCGAGCAUGAGUCUUGCCGAGGUGUUGAGAUUUAUGCUGCUUAUUGUGGCCAUUUUAUCAGCUUCGAUGACAAGAAAGAGCAGUGCCACAUACCUUGGGGAGGACUGGGCGAGUGGAUUUCCCACAAUGUCUUCGCAUCCAGACCACCCACGUCUGCCUUCUGUUUCUCGAAUGACGCGAAUGCUGAGUUCGAAGCUUCUCACGUGCCGCAACCUCUGAGCAGGCGGCUCUACCACUUCUUCAACGCGCUACAUGGCUGGGACUUUUCGCGGCACUUGGUCACACGUCACAGGAGAAAGAGUCAAGUCGGAGUGCUGUUCCCGGCCAAGGAGAGGCACACCUGU